CUUCAUGGAUGCGAGGAGGAACGUGAGGGAAACAUGGCGUCCUCCACUGGCUGCGAGCAUUAUGCGAGGAGCUGCUUGUUAAAAGCACCCUGCUGUGGGAAACUGUAUGUGUGUCGGCUGUGCCACGAUGCAGAGGAGAAUCACCAGAUGGAUCGUUUCAAAGUCAGAGAGGUGCAGUGCUCCAAGUGCCAGACUUUGCAGCAGGCACAGCAGAUCUGUCAGGAGUGUCAAGAGCAGUUUGGGGAGUAUUACUGUGAUAUUUGCCACUUGUUUGACAAAGAUAAGAAGCAGUAUCACUGUCAUCCCUGUGGAAUAUGCAGGAUUGGGCCUAGCGAGAAGUAUUUUCAUUGUGAGAAAUGCAAUCUCUGUUUAGUCAAGGAGCUGCAAGGAAACCACAAGUGUGUUGAAAAUGUGUCAAGGCAGAACUGCCCGGUGUGUAUGGAGGAUAUCCACACAUCCAGGAUUGGCUCUCAUGUACUUCCCUGCGGCCACCUUUUACACAAGACCUGCUUUGAUGACAUGGCCAGAACUGGAGCGUACCGCUGCCCUCUGUGUAUGCACUCUGCUUGGAACAUGAAGGAGCACUGGGACGAGAUAGACAAAGAGAUUGAGCAAUCGCCAAUGCCCCCCGAAUACCAGGGUGCAACUGUUAAAAUUAUUUGUAAUGACUGCCAAGCCCAUUGCAUAGUACCCUUCCACGUGUUGGGGAUGAAAUGCACUGCCUGUGGCUCCUACAACACAGCACAGGAUGGAGGACUCAUCCAGCUGCAGGAGGAUGCUGACGACGGGGACGACGUGGAGAUGGAGCCAGAGCCAGAGCCGCAGCCACAAGAUCAGCCUGAGUCACAUGUGCCACAGCAUUAGUACCCUCUCCAAAAGCUGCUUGGAAUCCAUCCCAGCAUUCCCUGGCUGAGUUGAAGGGGGGCACUAUGGCCAGGAGGCCAGUCAAUCGAAGGAUUUCUGCAUUGACAAGCACAGAUGUUUUAAAGUCAGUCAUUCUGAUCUGCAUGCCUUCAGACUACAGUGGGUGACCCACAGAAGCCUUGUGAUGAUUUCAAACACUGGAAAGUCUCGUGAUCACCGACUGGGUGGCAGACCAGCACUCAUCUCAUGGCUGCAGGGACCGUGCCAUAUGUUAUCUAACUGGUUUCAGCAGGAUGUAACAGAUUUGUUGUUUAUGAAGUGAAUUAUCUCUUGGAAGUUUCACAGAAGACUGCUGGCUCUCGUUUGUCAGGAAAAAGGGAAGGAUUCGGAGUUGUUGUGGUUUCUCUUUUUUUGUCUGUUUUAUUGUAUAAAUCUUCUGUGACUCAGAUGUUUUCUGCUUGUCUGCUCUCAAUCUUUUAACAUCUGAUGUUAGAUCCCUCUCCAUGAUUUUUACAGGUGAGAACUUUUUUUUGGACAAAGUUUAAUUUCAGUUAAAAAGCUCUGUUUCAGACCAUGAUCCUUCAUUUGAAUGUAAAUUAAGGCCAAUCAAUUGACAAAUAACUGAAAUGAGAUACAAUUUGCAUUAUUCAUUUUAAAAAAAAGCUUGUAUUAUGGGUUAACUAAAAAUGUAUUAAAAUCUAUUCAUUUGUACAUGUGAUUGAACAUUGAUUUGGAUGGUCCAUAAAUAGAUUUUUUUAAUCAUUUAUUGCAGAUUCUUAACAGAUGUCACUGAUUUCCAGGAUCAAUCACCUGCUGGAAUCAGUUAACUGUAAUGCAAGGCAAGCCCUCUGUUCAAUAUAACUUCACAAGGCUUUUUUUUUUUUUUUUUAAUUCAGCCUGGAAAGCUGUUUAGUUUUCCCUUUUCAAGAAUUCAAAUAUUCUCAUGUUCAUACAGCAGUCAAGUACAUAAGCACCAUUGUUACAGAAUUACCACUCAUGCAAAUCUAAAUAAAAUCCAAGUGUACUUUGAUGACA